UUGAAAGCCUCAUCUGUAAAAAACGCGAAUAUUAUUGGUUCACUAAGGCAACUAUAUUAUUCACAAAACAUGAGUUCGAAUGAAGAACAACAGCGUGCCGAUUCUCCCACGGUCGAGGAAGAAGAACGUCCUCCGGGUGCCGGAGUGGUGCCCGAGAAUGAGAUCGUAAAGAUGGAAGAUGUAAUUACAAUCGACCCUGAGACGACCGAGGUCGACUUAAACCAUGGCCGGAUUGCGAAGAUUGAAAACCUGGAACCACUAACUAGACUGGAAAGGUUAUAUUUGCGAUGGAAUUUGAUUAAGAAAAUCGAAAAUCUCGAUCAUCUUACCUCGCUGAUCGAACUGGAAUUGUACGACAAUCAAAUAACGGAGCUGGAAAACCUGGAUCAACUGGUUAAUUUGGAAAUGUUGGAUGUCAGCUUUAAUCGGUUGCAGGAGAUUAAAAACCUCUCCGCGUUGACCAACCUGCGAAAGUUGUUUCUUUGCGCCAAUCGCAUAUCACUCAUUGAAAAUUUGGACCACUUCACAAGCCUUACGAUGCUCGAGUUGGGUGAUAAUAAAAUCAGGAAAAUUGAAAACCUCGAUAAUCUAACCAACUUGACCCAUCUCUAUUUGGGCAAGAAUAAGAUAACGAAAAUCCAAAACCUCGAUAAGCUGGUCAAGCUCGAGUGCCUCAGUCUGCAGUGCAACCGGUUAACGAAGAUCGAGAACCUGGACCAGCUGGUGAACCUUACCGAGCUGUACCUUUCGGAGAAUGGCAUUGAGAAGAUUGAAAAUGUAGACCAUAACACGCUGUUGGAAACGCUCGAUCUGGCGAAGAAUCGCGUGCAGCGCAUCGAAAAUAUCGAGCAUCUGGGUGCGCUGGAAGAGUUCUGGAUGAACGAUAACAGCGUGUCGGAUUGGGCUUGCGUAGACAAGCUGGCUAACAAUAAAAGUCUGGCAACGGUGUACUUGGAGCGCAAUCCGGUAGCCAGCGAUGUCAACUAUCGGAGAAAGCUGAAGCUGGCGGUGCCUUGGCUGCAAAAGAUUGAUGCCACGCUCUGUCGUUAGGUUUACUAUUUUUUAAAUAAAAUAUUUGAAUGAAUAACAAUAAGAACAUAUGAGAAUACGAACGACAUCGCU